UUAGUACAUAAACGACGCUGCUUCAUAACCUGCUUAAUCCUGCUCAUAAAGUCAGCAUUAGACGGUAGCCACAUUAUCGCCCGGGUGUCGAUAUGGAGCAGGAGGCGGAUGUGGAGUGUGGCAGCUCUACCCCAUCAGUGGGAAUUGGGAAAUCAAAGUUGGACAACUUGUCUAAAGAAGAUCUCAUUAAAUAUGCAAAGAAACAGAUGGCUGCCAUGCAGAAGUUAAAGCUAAAAUGUUCAGAUUUGGAAACACAGGUUGGCGCGCUGAAGACUCCUCCAAGAGGAAAUGCAAGUGAUUCUGUUAUACAGGAACUGACUGAAAGAAUGGAUGCUGUAUUGCUGGAGAAAGCAGAAACUCAACAAAGCCUUGUUGUACUGCGCAAAGAAAAUGAAAAACUGAAGAGACAGGCAGAGGAGUCACUGGAGAACUUGGCUGCACUUCAAGAGAAACUGAAUUAUGCAUAUAAAGACCACAAUGAGAAAAUGAAGGCUAUGGAAAAAGCAAGACACAAAGAGGAGUUGGAGAUUUUGAAAAACACAGAAAGUGAAAAGUACACGAAUGAAAAAACGCAAAGGCUGCGACUAAAGAAAGAGUUCGACUCUAAUAUUGAAGCAGUUCGUCUGAAAUAUCAGAAGAAGGUGUCUGACUUGGAGCAGAAUCUGAAAUCAGCCAGAACAGAGUGGACGGCUGAGACGGAAGCUUUAAAGCGGAGUCACCAGACAUCCCUCAGAAAAGCCCAGGAAGAGCUUGAAAACUUGCAGACGGAGGUUGCAAGGCUGUGCAGACAGCACGAAGAGGAGGUCAGAGAUCUAGAAGAACAGCUCGAGAUCAAUGCUGCGAAUUUUGAUAUGGAGAGGGAAAGACUUCUGUUGCUCCAGGACGAGUUAUCUGAGCAAAUUGCACUUAAGGAAGGUUAUCUUCAGGAUGUUCAAGAGGAAGAAGAGGACCUUAACAGGAGUGGUGCCCAAAAAGCAUCGGAAUCGUCAGGCUUAGAAGACCCGGAUAUUGAGAUAGACAAGCUAAGAUUGGCACUGCUGGAUUUACAGUCCCAAAACACCAUGCUUCAAGAGGAGCUCACAUUUCUUAGUAAUGUGAAAACUGAGCUAGAGAGUGACCUGAAACAUAUAAGGGAGGAGUUCAGCAUGGAAAGAGAAGAUCUGGAGUUCAAGAUCAAUGAACUGCAGAUGACUAAAGAGGAUGGCGAUGUUUAUUCUAAAGAGGAGGCUCAUGCCAAUCUGACAGACACAAUACAGCUUGACCAACACAAUCAGAUUCUUAAAGAAUUAAAAGAACAGCAUAAUGCAGAAAUAAAGGAACUCAAAACAAUUCUUACUACUCGUGCUGAACAGGAAAAAGAAGUGGUUGUUCAGGAGUUAAAAGACCUGCAAAACAUGUACAAGAUGGUUUCUGAGGAGAAACAUGCUAUUAUUAGUGAAUAUGAGCACACCAAGGAAAUACUGCAUAAUCUCGAGUCAGAACUUGGAGAGAGAACCUCUGACUUUGUGAGGAAAUAUAAUGCCAUGAAAGAUCAAGCAGCCCGUUCGAUUCAGGAACUUCAAGAGAAGCUCAGUGAGAGGGACACUUUGAUGGAUCAGCUGAAGAGUUCAGAGCAAGCGGCAGAUCGUUUAGAGCAAACAUCUGAGAUCGCACAAAAGUUAAAGGACUCGUCAGUAGCUUUGGAAGAUGCCUUAAAAGAGACGGGAAGCCUUAGGAGUUGUAUAGCUGAUUUAGAGGCCCAGCUUUCUUCUUCACUGGCUGAAAAAGAUCAACUGGAACAAAAGUGCAAUACCUUGGAGGAGAACUUGGCUGCUCUUCAAAAGCUAGACAAAAAAUCUCAGGAAAACGAUCAACUACAAGAAGUUCUUCAUUCUGCUUUACAAGAUAAAGAUAGUCUUAUAAAUGAUCUGGAGAACAGUAAGAAAGAACUGUCUAAUAUACGGAGGCAUAUCUGUGAAAUCCUGGAGCAGAAAUUCCCAGAAAGCACAGUUGAAGAAGGCAAAGAAAAAGAAAUUUCUCUACUUCUGAACCAUCUCCUCAAAGCCCAAGAAGAAAAUAUGAUUGGCAGCAUAUCAAAUGAGGAAAAUGAGAAACUACAGACAAAUCUUAAUGCACUGUUAGAAGAAAAUGAGGCUCAAAGAAAGGAACUGGAAACACUCGAAGGAAAGCUUCUUGAUGUCCAGAAACACAUCAGUAAAAUCCUGGAAGAGGAGUGUUCUCAGAACAUAGCUGAAGAGCAAGACAUCUCUGCAUUGCUGACUUGUCUUCAGUCCCAAAUUCAUGAAGCGAAGGCGAGUUACAUGGUUUCCAAUGAGGAAAAUGUGAAACAACAGAAAGACCUUGUCACUGUGGUAGAAGAAAGGGAUGAGCUUAAGAAGCAAAUGGAAACUAUGAAAGAAAAGUUUUUGGAUGCCCAGAAACAUGUCCAUAACAUUUUGGAACAGGAGUAUUCUGAGAACAUAGCUGAAGAACAAGACAUCUUUGCAUUGCUGACUUGUCUUCAGUCCCGAAUUCAUGAAGCAAAGGCGAGUAACAUGGUCUCCAAUGAGGAAAAUGUGAAACAACAGAGCAAACUUGUCACUGUGGAAGAAGAAAGGGAUGAGCUUAAGAAGGAUAUGGAGAUUAGUAAAGAAAAGCUUAUUGAUGUCCAGAAACAUGUCAAUAAAAUUCUGGAAGAGGAGUAUUCUGAGAACAUAGCUGAAGAACAGGACAUCUCUGCAUUGCUGACCCAUCUUCAGUCCAGAAUUCAUGAAGUGAAGGCGAGUUACAUGGUUUCCAAUGAGGAAAAUGUGAAACAACAGAAAGACCUUGUCACUGUGGUAGAAGAAAGGGAUGAGCUUAAGAAGCAAAUGGAAACAAUGGAUGAAAAGCUUUUUGAUGUCCAGAAAAACAUCAAUAAAAUCCUGGAACAAGAGUAUUCUGAGACCAUAGCUGAAGAACAAGACGUCUUAGCAUUGCUGACUCGCCUCCAGUCCCAAAUUUAUGAAGCAAAGGCGAGUUACAUGGUUUCCAAUGAGGAAAAUGUGAAACAACAGAAAAACCUUGUCACUGUGGAAGAAGAAAGGGAUGAGCUUAAGAAGGAUAUGGAGAUUAGUAAAGAAAAGCUUAUUGAUGUCCAGAAACAUGUCAAUAAAAUUCUGGAAGAGGAGUAUUCUGAGAACAUAGCUGAAGAACAGGACAUCUCUGCAUUGCUGACCCAUCUUCAGUCCAGAAUUCAUGAAGUGAAGGCGAGUUACAUGGUUUCCAAUGAGGAAAAUGUGAAACAACAGAAAGACCUUGUCACUGUGGUAGAAGAAAGGGAUGAGCUUAAGAAGCAAAUGGAAACAAUGGAUGAAAAGCUUUUUGAUGUCCAGAAAAACAUCAAUAAAAUCCUGGAACAAGAGUAUUCUGAGACCAUAGCUGAAGAACAAGACGUCUUAGCAUUGCUGACUCGCCUCCAGUCCCAAAUUUAUGAAGCAAAGGCGAGUUACAUGGUUUCCAAUGAGGAAAAUGUGAAACAACAGAAAAACCUUGUCACUGUGGUAGAAGAAAUGGAUGAGCUUAAGAAGCAAAUGGAAACUAUGAAAGAAAAGUUUUUGGAUGCCCAGAAACAUGUCCAUAACAUUUUGGAACAGGAGUAUUCUGAGAACAUAGUUGGAGAACAAGACAUCUUUGCAUUGCUGACUUGUCUUCAGUCCCGAAUUCAUGAAGCAAAGGCGAGUAACAUGGUCUCCAAUGAGGAAAAUGUGAAACAACAGAGCGAACUUGUCACUGUGGUAGAAGAAAGGGAUGAGCUUAAGGAUAUGGAGAUUAGUAAAGAAAAGCUUAUUGAUGUCCAGAAACAUGUCAAUAAAAUUCUGGAAGAGGAGUAUUCUGAGAACAUAGCUGAAGAACAGGACAUCUCUGCAUUGCUGACCCAUCUUCAGUCCAGAAUUCAUGAAGUGAAGGUGAGUUACAUGGUUUCCAAUGAGGAAAAUGUGAAACAACAGAAAGACCUUGUCACUGUGGUAGAAGAAAGGGAUGAGCUUAAGAAGCAAAUGGAAACAAUGGAUGAAAAGCUUUUUGAUGUCCAGAAAAACAUCAAUAAAAUCCUGGAACAAGAGUAUUCUGAGAACAUAGCUGAAGAACAAGACGUCUUAGCAUUGCUGACUCGCCUCCAGUCCCAAAUUCAUGAAGCAAAGGCGAGUUACAUGGUUUCCAAUGAGGAAAAUGUGAAACAACAGAAAAACCUUGUCACUGUGGUAGAAGAAAUGGAUGAGCUUAAGAAGCAAAUGGAAACUAUGAAAGAAAAGUUUUUGGAUGCCCAGAAACAUGUCCAUAACAUUUUGGAACAGGAGUAUUCUGAGAACAUAGUUGGAGAACAAGACAUCUUUGCAUUGCUGACUUGUCUUCAGUCCCGAAUUCAUGAAGCAAAGGCGAGUAACAUGGUCUCCAAUGAGGAAAAUGUGAAACAACAGAGCGAACUUGUCACUGUGGUAGAAGAAAGGGAUGAGCUUAAGGAUAUGGAGAUUAGUAAAGAAAAGCUUAUUGAUGUCCAGAAACACAUCAAUAAAAUUCUGGAAGAGGAGUAUUCUGAGAACAUAGCUGAAGAACAAGACAUCUCAGCAUUGCUGACCCAUCUUCAGUCCAGAAUUCAUGAAGCGAAGGCGAGUUACAUGGUCUCCAAUGAGGAAAAUGUGAAACUACAGAAAGACCUUGUCACUGUGGUAGAAGAAAGGGAUGAGCUUAAGAAGGAUAUGGAGAUUAAUAAAGGAAAGCUUCUUGAUUUCCAGAAGCAGGUCCAUAAAAUUCUGGAACAGGAGUAUUCUGAGAACAUAGUUGAAGAACAAGACAUCUCUGCAAUGCUGACCUGUCUCCAAUCCCGAAUUCAUGAAGCGAAGGCGAGUUACAUGGUCUCCAGUGAGGAAAAUGUGAAACAACAGGAAGACCUAGUCACUGUGGUAGAAGAAAGGGAUGAGCUUAAGAAGGAUAUGGAGAUUAGUAAAGAAAAGCUUCUUGAUGUCCAGAAACACGUCAAUAAAAUCCUGGAACUAGAGUAUUCUGAGAAUAUAGCUGAAGAACAAGACAUCUCAGCAUUGCUGACCCAUCUUCAGUCCAGAAUUCAUGAAGCGAAGGCGAGUUACAUGGUCUCCAGUGAGGAAAAUGUGAAACAACAGGAAGACCUAGUCACUGUGGUAGAAGAAAGGGAUGAGCUUAAGAAGGAUAUGGAGAUUAGUAAAGAAAAGCUUCUUGAUGUCCAGAAACACGUCAAUAAAAUCCUGGAACUAGAGUAUUCUGAGAAUAUAGCUGAAGAACAAGACAUCUCAGCAUUGCUGACCCAUCUUCAGUCCCGAAUUCAUGAAGCGAAGGCGAGUUACAUGGUUUCCAAUGAGGAAAUUGGGAAACAACAGAGCGAACUUGUCACUGUGGUAGAAGAAAGGGAUGAGCUUAAAAAGGAUAUGGAGAUUAGUAAAGAAAAGCUUCUUGAUUUCCAGAGGCAGGUCCAUAAAAUCCUGGAACAGGAGUAUUCUGAGACCAUAGCUGAAGAACAAGACGUCUUUGCAUUGCUGACCCAUCUUCAGUCCCGAAUUCAUGAAGCAAAGGCGAGUAACAUGGAGUCCAGUGAGGAAAAUAGGAAACAACAGGAAGACCAGACAGAUAAUCUCAAUGAAACACUAUCUAAUGCUGAAUGUGAUGCAAAAUCCCAAAAUGUGCAUACCAAAUCUGAAAACAAGCAGCAGCAUUCUCAGGUUGCUGAGAUAGCAGAGCGGCCUGUGCAUGAAGGUAUUGAAGAACCUUCAGAUGAAGCUGGAACGCAAGAAACCGAUGACAUGAAAAGGCUCCAACAGAAGCUCUGUGAAAAGGAAUCCAUUAUAGCCCACCUAAAAGAGGAAAUUUCUAAUUUACAGGAAAGCAAGAUGCCAGCGCUUAGUGAAAACACAAAGCAGAUUGAAAUCCUACAAAAAGAAAUGAAAGAGAAAGACGAGCGUCUGAAUAAAAUCAAAGCGGUAGCUGUGAAAGCCAGAAAAGAACUGGAAAACAGUAAAAAAGAGGCAUCUGCACUGAAAGAGGAAUUGGGAGCUUUAAAGGGUGAACGGAACAAGAUGUCAGAGUCUAUGAAGGAUAUUAUCCAUGGUGCAGAGGACUAUAAGAAUCUGAUGAUUGAUUAUGACAAGCAAACAGAGCUGCUGGAUAAAGAGAAAGAGAAGUUGGAGGCAGCCGAGAGACUGAUCACUGAUCUGAACAAACGCCUUCAGGCAGCUGUUGAACAGCAAAAGCAGUUGUCCUCUGAGAGAGAAGACCUGAUGGCCCGUAUCGAUACUCUUCAAACUAAUGCGCAACUGCUAGAGGCACAAGCUCUUGACAUGCGCAAGCUAAAAUCUGCAAUGGAGAAAGACCUGGAAGCAGAAAGGCUUUUAAAAGAGCAAAAAACAAAGGACCAUGAAAGUGCUGUCAAGGAAUUGGAGGAGCUUCAAAGUUUACUUCACAAACAGAAACAAGAGCUACAGCAGACAGAACAUGAACUGGAACAGCUCAGGAAGGAUGCCCAGCAGAGCACAUUGCUGGACAUGGAAAUGGCUGAUUACGAGCGUCUGGUCAAAGAGCUCAACCAACAACUCUCUGAGAAGGACAGACUCCUGGAAGAGCAGGAAAGCCAAGCACAUGCCCAGAAAGAGAAAGAAGAAAAACUCAAGCAGGAGAUAGAUUCUCUGAAGUCGUUAGUGGAUACCAGAGAGGAGAAAACCUCUAAGAUGAAGCAACUGUUGGUGAAAACUAAGAAAGAUUUGGCAGACGCCAAGAAGGAGGAGGCAUCUCGGGCGAUCAUACAGUCCUCUUUGAAAGAAGAGCUAGAGGCCAAUCAGCAGCAGCUGGAGAAUUAUAAGAUUCAGUGCAGUGAACUGACUUCAGAUAAGCACAGGCUUCAGGAGCAACUCAGAUUAGUGAGUGAUCAACAUCAGAAGACUGUUACUUCCUACCAGCAUCAAGUUGCCGCUUUACAAAAGGAUCUGAGCUCUACUAAGGCGGAACUUGAGUCCACGAUGUCUGAGUUUGAUGGCUAUAAGGUCCGAGUCCACAAUGUGCUCAAGCAACAAAAGACCAGGUCCUCCACUCAUGGAGAUGUUAAAUUGUCCAAACAGGAAAGGGAGCACAUGGAGAGCAUGCUGGAGCAGCUGAGGUCCAAACUUCAGGAAAGCCAGCUUAAUGUACAGAGCUGUAAUGCUGAGCUGCAGCAGCUGCAGAGCGAGCAUGACACGCUUCUGGAGCGCCACAACAAGAUGCUCCAACAGACUGUUGCUAAAGAGGCUGAACUGAGAGAGAGGUUGUUGGCACUGCACUCUGAGAAUGUAAAUCUGAAAUCCGAACACAGUCAGUCAGUAGCUCAGCUUAACGCGCAGACAGAGUCGUUACGUAGCAGCUUCCGAGAGCAGGUGCACCAUCUGCAGGAUGAACAUCGUAGCACCGUAGAGACCCUGCAGCACCAGAUCAAUCGCCUAGAGAGCCAGCUGUUCCAGCUGCAAAAAGAGCCCGCCCCCUCCACUCCUUUACAGCAGAGUAGGAAACCACAGCUGGAAAAGAAGCUUGCCGAUCUGCCUCUUUUUGAGCUGAACAUGGCGCGAGAGGAAGGGGAGGGGAUGGAAAUGACGGAGAAUGAGUCUGUCUCUAUGGCAGGAACUCCCCCAUCUAGUCUUGAGCAGCUUCUCACCUCUCCAGACCCCAAAAAUGAGCCCUUCGUGUGGCAGGUGGAACCCACCAAAGACGAGCUCGUCCAGAGACUCAACACAGCCACCCGCAGCAUGGACCACGUGAACAACCUGUUACAUGAGAGUGAAGCCACCAAUGCCAUUCUCAUGGAGCAGAUCAGUGUCUUGAAGAGUGAGUUAAGGCGUUUGGAGCGGAAUCAGGAACGGGAGAAAUCAGGGGCUAAUCUGGAGUAUUUGAAAAACGUGCUACUGCAGUUUAUAUUACUUCGAGCCGGCAGUGAGAAGCAGGCACUGCUGCCUGUUAUUCACACAAUGCUGCAGCUCAGUCCAGAGGAAAAAAACAAACUUGCAGCUGUUGCUCAAGGUGAAGAAGAGGCUGCGGUGGCCAGGGGUUCAGGUUGGACUUCAUAUCUCCACAGCUGGUCUGGGAUCAGAUGAUACCUUAGGACCUAAAGCUGACUUAUCUACACACGGUUCUAUGCUCCUGUAAUGAAACCAGAUCACUAGGCCUUACUGAAGAAUAUUUUAAUCAGUCAACAAAAAGUAUAUUUGUAAUAUAUACACAUGACUUAGUCACGUAUAUUAUGCAUAUUUUAGUUCACUAUGUGACGGCUUAGUAAAAUAAAUUAAGGAACAUCUUGGACGAGACAAAGUGUCGGUACAUUUACAUUUGCUCAACUGCGCCACCUACUGGACCAAUGCAGCCUUUUGGAAGCUCUCCCUGCAGUAUGUGAAGUUAAACCAAGCUAAUAAUAUUUAGUACACUGCUAGUCUUAAAGCUGCAAUAACUACAAUUACCAAAAAUGCACUAAAAUCAUUAUAAUAAAAUGUAAAAAGCUUAAUUUAUUUAUUGUCAGUGUAAACCUACUGUAUCAGCUUGAAAUUCACAUCCAAGACUUGUAUGUGCUAAAAUGGAUUGGAACACCAUAAUAUUGUUAUUUUUCAGGUUAUUAUUAGUUACUGUUGGUAAUCGCUUAUUAUGCUCAAUUUAUAAAUUGUAGCUAUGUAUGUAUAGACAAAAAACGUUAUAUAUAGUGUUCGGUACUGUCAGCGAUUCAGAGGAGUUAUUGGAAAACAUCCUUGGCAAAUAAUGACAGACUGAGAUAUUUUAUCAUUCCAUGCCAUUGCUUCUUGACAGCACUCAUGUCACUGCUUUUUAUUUAAUGACCUUUUGGUGUAGAAUAUUGCCUGAAAAUAACAAUUACAAAACCAUUUAAGCUGCUCAGCUUCUACUCUACCAUUGUAGCCAAACAAAUUACUGGACUACCCCCUGUGGGUACAUUGUAAUCCAUGGUUCAUAACUUUUCCUCUUACCAGACCAAUAUGAAUCCUUUUACCUAAGCAUGCUGUAGUGCUUCUAAAAACACUGAUCCAACAGUGGAGAUAUUCCUGGAAAAAGGCGGGGUGGGGCGGUGUGGGGCCUUUCUGUGUGGAGUUUGCAUGUUCUCCCCGUGUCUGCGUGGGUUUUCUCCAGGAGCUCCGGUUUCCUCCCACAGUCCAAAGACAUGCACGUGAGGUGAACUGGAGAUACUAAAUUGUCCAUGACUGUUUGAUAUUAAACUUGUGAACUGAUAAAUCUUGUGUAACGAGUAAUUACCUGUCAUGUCAUGAAUGUAACCGACGUGUGUAAAAUAUGACGUAAAAAAUCCUAAUAAAUAAAUUUAAAAAAAUUA